GCGGCCCGUGACGUCACCCGCGCGCCGGGCCUCGGGGCGCGCGGGCUUCCGGCCGCCAGGGGCCGCGGGCGGGGCGGAGGGCCGUCCGGGACCGCCGCGCGCCGGAAGCGGGCCGGGCGGCGCGGAAGCGGCGGGGGCGGGGCGCGGAGGCGAUGGGGGGCGGCGGCGGCGGCGGCGGCGGCCGGGGAUGAGCGGCGGGCGCGCGUGAGGAGCCGGCGGGCGAGGCCGGGGGGCCCGGACGCGAGCCGCAGGGCGGAGGCGGGGGCGCGAGCGCGGCGGCGAGAAGAUGGCGGACGGCGACAGCGGCAGCGAGCGCGGCGGCGGCGGCGGGCCCGGCGGCUUCCAGCCCGCGCCCCGCGGCGGCGGCGGCGGCGGCGGCGGCGAGCAGGAGACGCAGGAGCUGGCCUCGAAGCGCCUGGACAUCCAGAACAAGCGCUUCUACCUGGACGUGAAGCAGAACGCCAAGGGCCGCUUCCUCAAGAUCGCCGAGGUGGGCGCGGGCGGCUCCAAGAGCCGUCUCACGCUGUCCAUGGCGGUGGCCGCCGAGUUCCGCGACUCGCUGGGCGACUUCAUCGAGCACUACGCGCAGCUGGGCCCCAGCAGCCCCGAGCAGCUGGCGGCGGGCGCCGAGGACGGCGGCGGCCCGCGGCGCGCGCUCAAGAGCGAGUUCCUGGUGCGCGAGAACCGCAAGUACUACCUGGACCUCAAGGAGAACCAGCGCGGCCGCUUCCUGCGCAUCCGCCAGACCGUGAACCGCGGCGGCGGCGGCUUCGGGGGCCCGGGGCCCGGCGGCCUGCAGAGCGGCCAGACCAUCGCGCUGCCCGCGCAGGGCCUCAUCGAGUUCCGCGACGCGCUGGCCAAGCUCAUCGACGACUACGGCGCCGAGGACGACGAGCUGGCGGGCGGCGCGGGCGGCGCGGGCGGCCCCGGGGGCGGCCUCUACGGCGAGCUGCCCGAGGGCACGUCCAUCACGGUGGACUCGAAGCGCUUCUUCUUCGACGUGGGCUGCAACAAGUACGGGGUGUUCCUGCGCGUGAGCGAGGUGAAGCCGUCCUACCGCAACGCCAUCACCGUGCCCUUCAAGGCCUGGGGCAAGUUCGGAGGCGCCUUCUGCCGCUACGCCGACGAGAUGAAGGAGAUCCAGGAGCGCCAGCGGGACAAGCUGUACGAGCGCCGCGCCGGGGGCAGCGGCGGCGGCGAGUCCGAGGGCGAGGAGGUGGACGAGGACUGAGGCCGCAGCCGCCCCCGCCCGGCCUCCCCGCUCCGCCAGCCCCCUUCCCGUUCUCCCGGUGGGCCGGAGAAGAGGGAGGAGGGAGGCCCCACCGAG